AUGUCCCGGCUCUUUCUCUUUCUCUGCCUCUGGUUCUCAUUAUGGUCAGAAACCGUCCUUGGCUCCGUCCUGGCUAUCGACUAUGGCGCGGACUUCAUCAAGGCGUCUCUCAUGAAACCCGGCCAACCGUUUGACGUGUUGCUUAACCGCGACUCGAAACGGAAAAUUCAGUCAUCGGUUGGAUGGAAGAAGAACGACAGGCUCUUUGGACAGGACGCGGCUAACAUCGCCGGUCGAUUCCCGUUGGACUCGUUCUCGUCCCUCAAGUUCCUGCAGGCCGCGCCCUACGAAUCGGAUGCCGUCUCCUUCUACACGUCUAUAUCCACGGCGGACGUGGUCAAGACCGAGCGCGGCACCGUCGGGCUUCGUCGCUCAGACGGGACAGAGUGGACAGUCGAGGAGCUCAUUGCGAUGCAGUUCGCGUACGUGCGCGACCUUGCCGAGAGCACCGCAGGAGAGAAGGUCAACGACGUGAUCGUGACCGUCCCGGCCUACUACACCCAGUUCGAGCGGGAUGCCGUUGUGGACGCGAUCGAAAUUGCGGGCCUUCGCACGCUUGCGCUCAUCAACGACGGUGCCGCGGUCGCGGUCAACUACGCCAUGACGCGCUCGUUCCCGGAGCCCGAGUACCACGUUAUCUACGACGCCGGUGCGUCUUCUAUCCGCGCGACGGUCGUGCAGUUCGCCUCUGUCCAGAGCGACCCGAAGAGCAAGUCUACGACCAAGGACGCCACACAGAUCACGAUCCAGGGUGUUGGGUACGACCGCCAGACGGGUGGAACGGAGCUCGAUAGGCGGCUGCGCGACAUCAUGGUCGCCGACUUCCAGAAACGGUACAAGCGGGAUAUAACCACGGACAAGCGCGGGAUGGCGAAGCUGUGGAAGGAAGCUGGCCGGAUCAAGGCUAUCCUGAGCGCGAACACGGAGGCGAUGGCGACGAUCGAGAGCCUUGCGUUCGACAUCGACUACAAGGCGAAGAUCUCGCGUGCAGAGUUCGAAGCGGCGUCCAAGGACUUGAAGCUUCGUUAUGCAGUCCCUCUGUUGCAAGCGCUCUCGAACGCAGGAUUGCGCAUGGACGAUAUCAACUCUGUCAUUCUCACUGGUGGAAGCUCAAGAACACCCAUGAUCCAGGAAGCCGUGAAGGCUGCAGCCGGAGCAAAUAAGAUCGCGCAAAACGUUAACGCCGAUGAGGCUGCGGUGCUCGGUGCCGCGCUCCAUGGCGCGGCGCUUAGCCGCCAGUUCAAGACAAAGGACAUCCGCAUCGCUGACAUCGGCCCGUACGACAUUCAGGUGUCGUACCAGGCGGAGGCGAAGACCCCGGGCGCGCGUCCGCGCACGAUCAACACGCUCGUGUUCCCCUCCGGGUCGAAGACGGGCACGAAGAAGACGCUGACGUUCAAGCGUCAGGACGACUUCGCCGUGAAGCUCGCGUACAAGACUCCUCCUGCACCUGGCUUCCCUACCGAGUUCAUCGAGGCCGAAAUCGUGGGCGUGAGCGAGGCGAUCCAGAACCUCACCGAGGCCGGCGCGACGGACCCCGUCAUCAAGGCGACCGUCAUGCUCUCCGAGUCUGGCUUCGCCUCCGUGCGCGACGCCUUCGUCUCGGGCGAGUUCAAGGACGAGUCGAUCACCGGCAAACUGAAGGACUUCUUUGGCAAAGGUUCAUCGUCCUCGCAACCCGAGGCAACGGAGACGCCGUCGGCAUCCUCGUCGGCCGCAGAACCGUCAGCCACCGCCGUGAAGCCCAAGGAACCCAUCGCGCUCGAGAUCGAGGUCAAGUUCCCGACGAUCGCGCCGAUGUCCGUCAAGCAGAAGCGCGCGGGGCGUGACAAGCUGCUCGCGGUCGACGCCGAGGAGGGCACGAAGCGGAAGCGCGAGGAGGCACGCAACACACUCGAGGGCUACCUGUACAAGCUGCGCGACCUGCUCUCGGACGAGUCGAGCGAGUCGCCGUUCGUGAAGUGCUCGCAGAGCGCGGAACGGAAGGCGCUCGCGGAGAAGACGGACGAGACGCUGGCGUGGCUCGCGGACUACGGGGACGACGCAGACACGAUCCAGUACAUAGACAAGCGCACCGCACUAGAGAGCCUGGAGCGCCCGAUCGUGCACCGGUACAAGGAGAUCGAGGAGUUCCCGAAGGCGCUGAACAACAGCCAGAUGUGGAACUGGAGCGCGCGCAUGUUCAUCACGGAGGCGCGGACGAACCUGACGCGGGAGCUCGAGACGGGCGCGGUGGGCAAGUACACGAAGGAGGAGCUGGACGAGCUGGAGAAGACGCUGAAGGAGCACGAGACGUGGCUGAACGAGUGGGUGGAGCGGCAGAAGAGCGUGAAGAUGAACGAGGACCCGGUGAUCCUGUCGAGCGAGAUGCGCGCGCGCGCGAAGGUGCUCGAGAACCACCUGCAGAAGCUCGUGAAGAAGCGUGCGCCGAAGCCGCCGAAGAAGAGCAGCACUAGCAGUACGACCACUGCGAAGACCGCGGCGGCGGAGGAGACGGAGACGACGGGCGACGUGCCACCGCCGCCAGCCCAGGGCGAGCGCGGUCAUGACGAAUUGUAG